AUGUCAGUAGGCGAAUGGCGGUACUCGAAGAGCUACCCGCGUUACGUCACCUGCCCGUACGUACGCUCCAUAUUCAACUGCCGCGGCAACGGCCGCAAGGACCAGCUGUACGAGAAGCAGCGGUGGGUGCCGGACAAGUGCAGUCUGCCGCGGUUCAGCGCCAAGGCGUUUCUGGCCAUGAUGCGGGGAAAGACGGUGGGAUUUGUCGGGGACUCGCUUAUGAGCAACAUGUGGGAGAGCUUCGUGUGCUUGCUGUACGCUAGUGGCGUCAAUCUCAAGCUGGUCCAAAAGCGUUACGGUGGUUAUCGUUACGUGGGGUUCUAUAUUCCGACAUCAAACACCACAAUAGUGUACCGCUUCUCAGCGUACCUUAUGCAGGCAGUCACGAAUUCCACGAAAACCGCAAGCGGGCGAGGCAAACAUGGUUACAACGUUGAUCUGGAUGUCAUCGACCCUGCGCUAAUGGGAGGUGUUGCUAACGUGGAUGUUGUCGUGCUGACAAGUGGCACGUGGUGGCAGGCGAAUGUGCCUGGGAGGGCACAGUCAAACGUGUAUAGGAUCAAGGGGCAGCAGGUGUACCUCAAGGACCUAAACGCGCAUAAAUAUUCGCUCAACGUUCUUAGGAAGUACCUCGGACAAUUUAGUUCAAGGCUUCUGCCAUACUUCAUAUCAUUGUCACCCUCUCAUAAGUGGGAUCAGUCUUACGCAUCAAAGCCAGGAGUAUGUGGGUCGGACCGUCCGUUAACCCCCACUGCAGCUGCCACUAUCCUUGGCAACUCAACCACCACACUCGACUACGUAUCUGCCCAAAGAGCAGCAUUCUCGUCCCCCAAUCCCGUCCGCUUUAUAGACGUCACUGCCAUCUCUACAGCACGACCAGACGGGCACACGGGAGUAUGGGGGGUGUUAGGAGGUGGAGGGACGCUUGCUGAUGGGGAAGCUGAUGAUACUAAGAGCAGCAUCACAACAAUGCCCGGAGCUUCGAAUGGAACAGCUGUGGGGAAGCCUAGAACGACCACACAAUCGCAACCAGACUGCAGGCAUUGGUGCUUACCAGGGGUGCCUGAUUCAUGGGUGGAUGUCACUGCAGCUGUAUGGCAGAGAGAGCCGUCGUUGCUUCGGAAGUAA